AUGGCCUCAGAAGAGGGUUUGCAAAAUAUUGCCAAGAAUAAGCCUACAAAUGCAAGUACUCUCUUCGACACCAAGCACCAGCCUAGUGCUGCAGUGGACGGUGACCUAAGAGCAAGGUGGUCUUCUGGCUCCUGUUUUCAUGGAAAGAACGGUGAUUUAUCACCUUGGUGGCAGGUGGACCUGCUGGACACCUACAUCGUUGUGGAAGUCCGUGUCACCAGUAGACAAGACUGUUGUCCUGAACGCCUGCACGACUUUUCUCUGGACAUGUACCAAGCCGACCCAAUGGUUAACCAUUAUCUCAGUUCACAACUGCGUUACAUGUACAGCGGAGCCGUCACAGAACCUGGCACAACUGUUGCCAUACAGUGCACCUCACCCGUGACUGGACGCUACCUGAGAGUUAGUGGAAAGAAAACAAAAAAAAGAAACGACAUGCUGCAGUUUUGUGAAGUUGAGGUCUUUGGCUUCAACCUGAUACAUUGUUGGGACUCGACGACAGCUGCUGAACGGUAG